GCUGAAGUUCUCCAGUCUCACGUUUGAGGAUUCGGGGAUGUAUCAGUGUAUUGCUGAGAAUGAAUGGGGCACCAUCUCUGCCAGCGCCGAGCUUCGUGUCGUCUCCUGUGCGCCAACAUUCAUUUAUAAUCCAGUGAAGAAGGUUCUGCUCGGGGCUGAAAACAGACGUGUGGUUAUAGAGUGCAAACCCCGUGCUGCUCCUAAACCCAAGUUCAUCUGGAAACGAGGCUCAGAGCUGCUGACCAACUCUUCAAGGAUGUUAAUUUGGGAUGAUGGAAGUCUGGAGAUUCUGAACUUGUCAAAAAGUGACGAGGGCUCGUACACAUGCUAUGCAGAGAAUGACCGCGGCAAAUCCAACAGCACAGGGACCCUCACUAUCACCGGUCAGACAAAAUUCACAUUUCGUCACCUAUAAUGAUUGUCAGU